AUGGAGAGUUCAAUGCGUCACGAGUCCACUCUGCCGAGCUUCUGCUCAAAUACGUCGAGUCAACAGCAGCUAGAUUUAGGCAGCGCCAAUCCUGUGGAGGGCGACUUGCACGCAGAUCUUCACAACUCUCACAUCCAGGCUGUACGUAUGAUCUGUUCGCUAUCACAGUACACUGUUAGUAUCGACAAUCUGUUAAGGCUCCUGAUGGCGAAACGUCUGUACAAGGCGAAAGUAGGCCUGAAUGCAACAUCCAGGAGACGGAACGGCUCUCAUUCGUCGUCGACUUUGCCGGAAUUAGUCAACAAGACUUCUUCAACAACCAGCAUGAUUAAAGCUGGCGCUAUGACCUCCAAUUCCGCUUCUUACAUGAAUGAUGGCCACAACAGCGAUGAUUCGGAAUCAUUUGGGCCCCUGAAGCGGGAGUCUUCUCCAAGUCUUUCGCUGGGCAUGGAGAGCAUGAGCCUUGAACACACUUGCCACGAUACUACACUUGGAGCUCAUGCGAACUACCAAGUUACGCGCAAGGACGGUGCGCUACACUUGCUGAACAGAAAGCAUGGGAAGCUGGACAUGCAACAAGAAACUCCCCUCUUCCCCACGCGCACACCGAGUACGUACGAUUCCUUGCACGCACGUUCAGACGAACGAUCGACAAUCCACACGAAGGAGGAAAGUCACAAGGGUCUCCAGCAUGCCAUCGAGAAGGGCCGCCAGGUUGGUCUCGGCAAAGACACAGCGUUGAAAGACCCACUCGUAAACACGGCCCCAAGACAAGAGCAGGGCGUCAUGACUUAUGCCUCAACACGGAGGAUGCAAGCAGCGUUGAAUAGCAAUAUGCUGAAGGAAUCGUAUACCGCAAUGGUGUUGUGGCACGAAAUCCACACACGACUACACGACUUCCAGACGAUCACUAACUUCACCGGAAAGGCUGGUGCUGACUGGCAAGCUCACAAACAGACUUCGAGGGAAAUUUCCUGGAAGAAUGCCCUGCUACCUGCUUUAGCUGCGCAUCGAGAGCUGGGCCUGUUCGUCAAGGUGUUGGACAUGCGUGGGGAGUGGGUUGCGUCCAGACCGGACGAGUUUGCGAAGCGUGUAGCCUUCUUCUAUGCUACUCUGCUACAGCAGCCAAUGUUCCCUACUGAGGACCUUGUUGAUGGGAUUCAGGAGUACAACGUUGAACUGCUCAAGUGGUUCGAGGUUGGAGAAUGA